AGAGAAAUCGUCGCCCGCCGUCAGUCCGCCCGAUAACAUAACCUUAUUUAUCAUAGGUUCAGAAAGCGGAAUUUUCAAAGAUAGCUCUAAGAAUUACUUGACGAAAUUGUUUAAGUGUAUUAGCUACUAAACUUGUAUAUUGUAAGGAGGCUACAGUAAACCAUGUAUUGUAUUCGAACGGCUAUAUCCCUUGUCUGCAAAAAUAGAAAUAAAAUUGUACCUCCUCCAGUUACCUACAAGAUAAAACAGUUCACCACAGGACCGAUAUAUUUCUCUUCAUCUCAAAUAGAUGAUUCAGACUUGAUAGUACAUAAUAUAUGUAAAGGUGAUGCUGAACUUGAGAAGAAACUAAGAAUUUUAAUGUUGGAAGUAGAGGUAAUGCGCCAGGAUGGCCGGCAUGCUCCAGAUAAUAUAAAACAGGAUCAAUGGCAGCAUUUAUUAGAAUUGACGUCAAAAAAUCAGCGUGCAAGUUACCUUCAAUACUUGUUCAAAACUGAAAAAUCAAGGGAAAACUUCAAGGCUAAGAAGGAAGCUAAACGAAAAGAGAACCCGGUAAUAAAGCCUGAAGAAUCUAAAGAAAAUGAAGAUGAUCUCCUCUAUGGCAUACAACACCAAUCACUGUUUUUGAGAAUCAGAGAUCAGUCAAUAAACCAGUUUGAUAAUUAUAGGGCCCUUCAGUCUCUGAUGCAUGGACAAUCAGUUGUUAUAGACUGCUCAUAUGAAGAUAACAUGGUUUAUAAAGAAACAUUAAAUGCUGCUAAACAAUUGACAUAUGUUUUUGGUGACAAUAGAGUUCAUAAGGAACCAUUCAAUUUGCACAUUUGCAAUGUAAACAUGGGAGGAAAGUUUAUGAAACAAAUGAUGAAGAAUAUUCCUUCAUUAGAUGAACCAUGGUUUCCUUUGAACAUCCACACAAAAAGUUAUUUAGAUGUAUUUCCUAAAGAGAAGUUGGUUUAUUUGACUCCUCACUGCCGGGAAGAAUUGACAAAGUUUGAUCAUGAUGCUGUGUAUAUUAUUGGAUGCAUGGUUGACAAGGUGAACAAUGAACCACUUUCUCUUGCGAAAGCUAAAAGAGACGGAAUAAAGAUGGCUAAAUUGCCACUUGACAGAUACCUUGAAUGGGCACCAGGGUCUAAAAAGAAUCUAAAUAUAAAUCAUAUGGUACCCAUUCUACUUGAUUUGAAACUAACUGGUGAUUGGGAAUAUUCAUUGCGGCACGUUCCCAGGAGGAAACUAAUGGAAACCAAAAUAAUGGCUAUGCAGAAAAGGUUGAGUCAUAACCCCUCACUAAAAGAAGAAGUUAUGAAAAACUUCAAGCUUUCUAGACUCAACACAUUAGCCUUCAAAGAAAAGAGAAAAUUUAAUCAGUCAAAAUCAAAGAGGUCACUGUAUGAUGAUGAAAAUAUAUAAAAUCCAAUUUAAA